GGGCGUAAGGCCAGUCCCGCCAGGGCGCGAGCCGCCAGUCCUUAACGGUCGCCUGGGUGAGGGGCGGGAGGUGAAGGAGGAACUGAGUUUAAGUUAUAUUUUUGAAACGGAGAGUGAGUGCUAGAGAGGCAUCGGUGACCCAGGUGUCGCCGUUUCCUGCCACCCGGGGAUCGCCGCCCAGGCCCCUCCCUCCUCACGCCCCUUUUCCUCCCCUCCCCUUCCCUCCCCUCCGGAGCCGUGCGGUGCUCGAGAGGCGGCGGCAGCGGAUCGGUGGCCGCUGCAACCCGGCAGCCGCUGAGCAGGAGGGAGGGAAGCACAAAGCCGCCUGCUUGCUGCGAGAUAACAAAGGGAAUUAACAGACCUGAAGUAUGAAUUCAGAUACCAACCAAGGCGUGAUAACUACUCCUCCUCCUCCCAGUAUGCCUCACAAAGAGAGGUAUUUUGACCGCAUCAAUGAAAAUGACCCAGAAUACAUUAGGGAGAGGAACAUGUCUCCUGAUCUACGACAAGACUUCAAUAUGAUGGAGCAGAGGAAACGAGUUACUCAGAUCCUGCAAAGCCCUGCCUUUCGAGAAGACCUGGAAUGCCUUAUUCAAGAACAGAUGAAGAAAGGCCACAACCCAACUGGAUUACUGGCAUUACAACAGAUUGCAGAUUACAUCAUGGCCAACUCCUUCUCGGGCUUUUCUUCAUCUCCACUCAGUCUUGGCAUGGUCACACCAAUUAAUGAUCUUCCUGGAGCAGAUGCAUCCUCGUACGUGAAGGGGGAAAAGCUGACUCGUUGUAAACUUGCCAGCCUGUACAGGAUUGCAGACUUGUUUGGAUGGGCACACCUGGCAAAUACAUACAUCUCAGUAAGAAUAAGUAAAGAGCAAGACCAUAUUAUAAUAAUUCCAAGAGGCCUAUCCUUUUCUGAAGCCACAGCCUCCAAUUUGGUUAAAGUCAAUAUAUUAGGAGAAGUGGUUGACCAGGGAAGUACUAAUCUGAAAAUUGACCAUACAGGAUUCAGUCCGCAUGCUGCAGUCUAUUCUACAAGGCCUGAUGUGAAGUGUGUCAUCCACAUCCAUACCCCUGCAACAGCAGCUGUAUCCUCCAUGAAGUGUGGGAUCCUUCCAAUUUCUCAAGAGUCCCUGAUCCUAGGAGAUGUUGCCUAUUAUGACUACCAAGGGUCACUUGAUGAACAGGAGGAGAGAAUUCAACUGCAAAAGAUUCUGGGGCCAAGUUGUAAGGUGCUGGUACUCAGGAAUCAUGGUGUGGUAGCACUUGGAGAAACAGUUGAGGAGGCUUUUCAUUAUAUUUUUAAUGUGCAGAUAGCCUGUGAGAUUCAGGUGCGUGCUUUAGCAGGGGCAGGGGGCGUAGACAAUCUGCUUGUGCUGGAUCUGCAGAAGUAUAAAGCUUUCACUCACACUGUGGCUGCAUCUGGAGGAGGAGGUGUGAAUAUGACUUCCCAUCAAAAGUGGAAGGUUGGGGAGAUCGAGUUUGAAGGGCUGAUGAGGUCUUUGGACAAUUUGGGGUAUAGAACAGGCUACGCUUAUAGGCAUCCGCUCAUUCGAGAGAAACCUAGGCACAAGAGUGAUGUGGAAAUUCCAGCAACUGUGACUGCCUUUUCUUUUGAGGAUGAUGUAGUGCCCCUCUCUCCUCUCAAAUACAUGGCACAGAGACAGCAGCGUGAAAAGACAAGAUGGUUGAAUUCACCAAAUACUUACAUGAAAGUGAAUGUGCCUGAGGACUCGCGCAAUGGAGAAACUAGUCCCAGAACCAAAAUUACAUGGAUGAAAGCAGAAGAUUCCUCUAAAGUGAGUGGUGGGACACCUAUCAAAAUCGAAGACCCCAAUCAGUUUGUUCCUUUGAACACAAACCCAAGCGAGGUACUAGAAAAGAGAAAUAAGAUUCGGGAACAAAACCGCUACGACUUGAAAACAGCGGGACCGCAGUCUCAGUUGCUGGCUGGCAUUGUUGUGGAUAAGCCUCCGUCUACCAUGCAAUUUGAAGAUGACGAUCAUGCCUCGCCAGCUCCUCCCAACCCUUUCAGUCAUCUCACAGAAGGAGAACUUGAAGAAUAUAAGAAGACAAUCGAACGGAAACAGCAAGGCCUGGAAGAUGCUGAGCAGGAAUUACUCUCAGAUGACGCUUCAUCUGUUUCACAAAUUCACUCUCAAACUCAGUCACCGCAAAAUGUCUCUGAAAAAUUAGAAGAAAACCAUGAGCUGUUUUCGAAGAGCUUCAUCUCCAUGGAAGUGCCUGUCAUGGUAGUGAAUGGCAAGGAUGAUAUGCAUGAUGUUGAAGAUGAGCUUGCUAAGCGAGUGAGCAGGUUAACUACAAGCACGACCAUAGAAAACAUCGAGAUUACCAUCAAGUCUCCAGACAAAAUUGAAGAAGUCCUGUCACCUGAAGGCUCACCUUCAAAAUCACCAUCCAAGAAGAAGAAGAAAUUCCGCACUCCCUCUUUCCUGAAAAAGAACAAAAAAAAGGAGAAAGUUGAAGCCUAAGUAAAGUCUUUUUAGAAUUACUAUUAUUACAAUGUGACAUUGCACAUUUAAAUACCACAUUUAAAUUGAUCAUGAAUAUGCAGUGGUAGAUCAGAUUUGGGGGGGGUCGGAUAUAGCAAACUGGACUUUAAGAACUGGAAAGAGCUUUUACUAAAAGAAAAACAUUAUGGAAAAAUCUUUCGAGUUCAUCUCUCAUUUAAAGAUUCCAAAAUAACUUUGAAUUUUUCAAGAGUUGCUAGUUUUACUUAGCUCUACCCUCAGGAGGUGUUAAGAGUUCACCACCAGCAGAUCGCUGUCUGCUUUAUGUUGGGCCUUCUCCAUAAUAUCUGUCAGAAAGAAACGACUAGUGAGCAAGCACAGGACUCUGUUUCUCAGCAACUAUCUCACUUGGUAAUCAGAUUAUAACUUUUUUAUCAGUGGUAUUGACUGUACCUUGUGAGUUGAAUUGUUUCAGUGGGUCUUAACAGAAUGCUUUAAGAGCUUCUCAGACAAGAAUCUAUAGCAUUAGUAUACACUGGCACAUAAUAUUUUUUUAAGAAUUAAGAAAAGAUUCAUUUGGAAUUUUACUCAUUGUAUAAAAUUUCUCACCUAAAGUAACUUUGUUUGCCAAAAAAAAAAAAAAAAUCAUUUUAGUAAACUAUAAUUUUUUAAAACUUCCUUUUUUAUUAGUUUAGAAAGCCCCUUAUUUUUCAACAAAGGGGAUUUUGUACACAUAACAUGGGUUAUUUAGUUAAAUUCUGGCAAAAA